AUGUCAGUGUUCGACGAUGACCUCAGGCUUUUUGCAGAGCGGAACCAAACACCUCCCAACGUGACCACUGCCCUUGUUUCCCGAGAUUUCUAUACAUCUCCUCGGCUACAGGCCAUCAUAUCCCAAUGUCAAACUGACGAUGAAAUCGAACGUGAAUUGUGGGAGGAUUUCGAAAUCCAUCGUCGCCGCGCGGAUAGGUAUCUGAAUAAAUAUCUAGACUGCAAACAAUUGGCGUAUGAUGAAGGGCGAAUUUCCGAGGUUGACGACUCGAUUGAAGAGAACCCUGUGGACCCGUACAGAAGUAUACAUGUCCAAGAAUUUUCGACUCAAGGAGAUGCUGAUAUUAGAAUGAAUGUAGGCCUAAUCGCGAGAGAAGCGUACCCAAAUGCUGCAAACGUGACGGAGCCUCACUGGGACCUGAAAAUCUCUUCCGACGGUCUUCAUCGCGAUCUGCUGGCUAUGCAAGAAACUCUCGACUUCCUCAAGAGAAGAGAGCCGCUGAAAAACAUCAUCUUCAACAAUGUUGUUGUCCCUGUAGCGAGGUUUUCUUUCGCAGCUGUAUUCCCUUUGGGGUUACUGUAA